AUGGAGCGCGGAGUUGCCUAGGAGACAGUGACGCCUCCAUUCAAACCGCGAAGCAUGGCAUGUUGGGAAACCUUUCUCUAUCAUGGCGGAUCAGGCAGUCGGCUAAUGUUAACGGUUAGCAUAUUCAACGAUUGUUUGGUUUCACGCGAUCCAAGACUGCGGCGAUCUGGCUUUUUCUACACGUCGGACUCCAGCCACCGAACAGAAACUGGUGUUGAGUGAGGGAGCAGCACACCAGUGACAGUAAGAGAGCCUUGACAAACCCACCGGCACAAUGGAAUGUGCAGUGGACAUUCCCUCAGCAGGUGAGGAUGAGGCACCUGAGAAAGAUGACAUAAAUGCUAAGGAAGGGAAUGAGCCACCCCACAAGAAAAACAAGAAACACAGGAAACACAAGAGCAAGAAGAAGAAGAAGAGGAGGAAGGGGGAGAAGGAGAGCAGCUCAGAAUCUGGUGCCGAGUCGGAUUCGGAGCCACCACCUCCAUUGAGACCUGUCAGGACCACCAGAGCCAGUGCCAGACUAGCAGCAGCAGCAGGAACUGGAGAGCAUGCUGGGCUGAAGGAGGAGGGCAAAAGGGAUGUAAUUACAGAUCGUGUGGAUAUGGAGGGAGAUGUAAAAUCUAAAAAGCACAAAAGACACGCUGGCAAGAAGAAGAAAAAGAAGAGGAAGAAAGAUGAAAAGCAGGAGAAGAAAUCCCCAUCUCGCUCCCCAUCUGAAAGCAGCUCAGCUUCAGGUUCUGAGUCUGAAGGUGAAGGCGGUAAAGGGGCUACUGAUGGCAAAUGCUCUCCAGCUGCAGCAUCUGACCUGCCAGAACCAGUGUCCAAACUGGUGUCAAAAAGCAAACGAGGGGAGGAGAAGGGGGUUCCCAUCCUUACACAAAAACAGGAAUUGCUUGGAGUGAAGAAAGAGGAGAUAUUAGAUAUGGAUGUGACCCCAUCUGGAGGCAAGGGUGGUAACACAAAUGGUUCAGAAAAGGAUAUGAGGUCCCCCUCUGCAUGCCAGGAUGAGAUAACACAGACAGCAACAGUAAAGGUUAAGACUGAAGGUAGUCAUGCUGAUGUUGCAUUCUGCCAUGCCCAGGAACUCCCUGACAUCAUCCCUAAACAGGAAGGUGCUACCCCCAGAGAUGACCCAGGCCUGAAAGAUCAGGCCAAUUCAGUUCAGAGGGCAAAGGUUAAAGAUUGUGAUUCUCCCAGGUCUAGGUCUCCUUCCCCUUCCAGGGGUGUGGACAUUAAGAAGUCUGAGUCAAGUCAUAGCCUAACACCUAGUCCUGGUAGGCAGCAGUCUGAUGGUCAAACAGCGGCAGCAGUAAUGAAAGAGCGACCAAGAACCCCUUCUAGGUCAACCUCAAAGGGAAAACGUUCUACAACUCCUUUAAAGAGUCGCCAGCUGUCACGCUCUCUGUCUCGCUCUCAGUCCCCUAAAUCUAGGAGGAAGUCACCCUCCCCUUCCUCAAAGUUGCACAAGAGAACUAGCUGUCAGUCCCGGUCGACUUCACGCUCCCCUACCCCCAAGAAGAAGGUGUCAAAGCCUCCAAAGAAGCUCAAGUCUCCUAAACGUCGGAAGAGUUCAUUGUCUGUUUCCCCAAAGCGACGCAGAAGUUCUCUCUCUCCGAAAAGAAAGGUAUCACGAUCCCCUAAACGUGGUGGGCGCAGAUCCCCUUCUUUAUCUCGGUCUCCAAGGAGAGGUCGUAGGUCAGAGUCACGGCCCCGUGGAGGGACAAGGCGCUCUAGGACCCGCUCACCAAGGCGAGGUGGUGCAGUUAGUAGGCGUUCACGGUCCCGUUCUAUCACUAGAACCCGUCGCUCUCACUCUAGAUCAAGACGUCCUGUUCAUCGCUCCAGUUCACGGUCACUGGGAAGGCGUGCAGGAGGCAGACGCUCCAGGAGUCGGUCCUUGUCUCGGCGAAGGAGAUCACCACCCCCAAGAUCCCGCCGCUCACGCUCCCGGUCAGUCCGCAGGAACAGGCGGACUCGUUCACGUUCCGUUGUAGUCCUUAAGCGCAACCGUCGCUCCAGAUCUAGGAGUGCCCGUAAACGGACCAAAUCCAGGACCCCUCCGUCCCGACGUAGGUCUAAAUCCCGGUCACCAGCCAGAAGGCGCUCACGAUCCCCUGCCAGGAGAAAUCGUUCUCCACCAAGGUCUGGGAAACGCUCCAAGUCCCGUUCAUUGUCUCGAAGGCAUUGGUCAAAGUCACGCUCACCACUACCUAGCAAACGCAGAUCCAAAUCUCCUAGGAAGAGUGGAAGAAGGUCAAAGUCUAAAUCCAUCUCUGAAGGCUUGAACAGAUCCAAGUCUAGUUCCAGGUCCGAGUCAAGUGAUGGGCGGUCUGAGAGCUCCUCCCCAGCCAGGUCCACAUCCUCCUCCCCUGUUAAAGAGACGAAGCACUCCUCUCCUAAGGCAGAGCAGUCAUCUGAUGAGAAGACAGUUGGAGAAAGUGGAACUAUUUCAGCUACAAUAGGUGCGUGGAAGCCCGUUCUCCCAGCAGCUGCCUCUAGCCCCCCCACUGAAAGCCCCUCAGAUAAGUUGCAGCCCCUGAAGCUUGUUCCCAAUGCCAAGGAACAAAUGGAGUUAACCGUCUCACCCAAUGAACGAGAUGUUUCCAGGUCCAGGUCAGGUUCCAAAGAGCCCGGCACUAGUCCCGAAAGGUCAGAGUGUACAGGAGGCUCAGAUGAAGAAGAGGAAUCUCCCGUUAAAACUCUCCUCAGGCUCCUCAGCUCCUCAGCAUCUCCGGGAGUGCAGAAGAAGCAGCUGUCAAAGUCACGCUCACCUACAGAUCGUAGAAAGCUUUCGCGCUCAACCUCGUCACCUCGACGAUCUACAUCCAAGUCUACAUCCAGAAAGAAGCAGUCCAGGUCCAAGUCUCCAGUGAGGAAAAGAGAAUCGGUGUCUCCUUCAGAAAGGAAAAAGCGACGCUCUAAAUCCCGGAGUCCUGCCAGACGGCGGAGGUCACGCUCGGCUGCACGGCGCAAGCGAUCACGAUCCAAGUCACGGACCAGGGUUCGCCGGUCCAAGUCCCGCUCUCCAACCCGCAAGAGGAGAUCCCGUUCACCAAACGCCCGUGGGAGGAGGAGGUCCAAGUCCACAGAUAGAAGCAAGCGAUCCAAGAGCCGGUCCACAGGCCGAAGGAAAAGGUCCAGGUCAGGAGACCGAAGCAGGCGAUCAAGGUCUCGUUCUUCUGAUCGCAGACGCAGGUCUAGGUCAAGGGGUCGAGGGAGGCGCCCGGCAUUUCGCAGUCGUUCGUUUGAUAGACGGGACAGAUGGAAAAGGGAACCUAGCCACUCUCCAGUUCUCAUUCUCCGCAAACAGCGGCGCUCAGGGUCCCGGACACGUCGCAGCACUAGCAAGACUCCUCCACGGCUUACUGAACUAGAUAAGGACCAGUUACUGGAGAUAGCCAAAGCUAAUGCUGCUGCCAUGUGUGCUAAAGCGGGGGUGCCUAUUCCUGAAAGUCUUCGGCCAAAAGCCAUCCUCCAGCUCCCUCUACCCACUCCAUCUCCUACCCCCCUCUCCUUACCUCUACCUUUACCUCUCCCCAUGGGCAUGGGAAUGCCCAAUAUGCCCAAUAUGCCCAACAUGGGUCCAAUGGGGUUACCCAAUAUUCCAGGGAUGCCCAGCAUGUCAAACAUCACCAUGAGUGCUGCUAUGGCAAGUAUGACAGCAGCUACUAUGACAGCUGCUCUGACCAACAUGGGUGCCCUGGCGGCCAUGCCUCCCCUUGCCCCGCUUCCUACCAUCACUAACAAGCCUCCCCCGUGCCUCGCGCCCCCAACGCCAACCCUCAACUUGGACCACAUAGAGGAAGCAAAGCGGAAGGUCACUCAGCAAGCGAACAUACAUACCAUCAAAGAGCUUACAGAGAAGUGUAAGAUGAUCGCAAAUAGCAAGGAGGAGAUGGCCAUUGCUAAACCCCAUGUCUCAGAUGAUGAAAGCUAAAACCACCGAGCCCUCACGUCACUCUCCUCAAAGGACUUAAGGAAAAAUGUUUGUUUUUUUUAAAGAGAAAAAAAACGCUUUAGGAAGGACCUACUUUUCCCACAAUUCCCUUUGGCAGACAGAUGACCUGACUGAGCCUCAUAAACCCCCAGAAGAAGAAGAAGAAGACCAUCCCCGCUCCCCAGUUUGUUUCUGUCUGUGUGAGAGAUGGAGAGACUGUCACCUGUGAUACCACUGAGAAAACUGGACACACCGACGUGUGUGUGCACAGUUGUAUGACUGUAUAGUGAGUCUGUGUGAAUUGUGCGUGUGUGUGUAUAUAGUGACUUUCACCACCAACUCCUCAGUGUUGCUGCUCAUUUAAGCAGUCACUGUUGUUAAGACUGAAGACGAAAAAAAACCAAACUAACUAGUGGCGCAAAUGUUUUUGUAAAAGAUUAGUUUCUCUAAAUUUGUUUUACUUUUAUGCUUUCUUAAAGGAUUGUGUUAAGUGGAAACUGCUUCCUCGUUCUACUGUAUUUCCCUCGGUUAUCUCUAGUCCCCGGUUUUAUAAACUAACAAUGCAGAUGAAGUUUUGGUAGAUCCUCACGUGAAGAUUUGUUUGAGUGACCACGUUGUUAAUCCUGGAACAUAGUGCCAGGGUUAUUUUGAAGGACGGGAAUAAAAAGAAGAAGGUUUCAAAUUUUGGCUAUGCCACAGAUCACUUCAUUGAUAAAACAUAACUAAAUUCAGUUAGUACUGCCCUGGGUGUGAUUAUUAUUUCUUUUUCUUUCCCAUUUAAAUGGCACCAAGCGCAUCUUUGAUCUGGUCUUUCUUUGUUGGGCUUUGUUGCGAGCAAAACCUACCAUAGUCCCAGUUUCAGAUCACAACUAAGAUCCAAUUAAAUGUACUAUGCUUAAGCUCUAUCACUGUAUCUCAGUAUUUUUUUCCUUUUUCUGAUAUCAAACUAGAGGGAUGAGAAUGCAAUCUCACUUAAACUUCACAGUGUAAAUAAAUGGAGGUAAUUAUUACUUGUUUAGAAGAAUAUUUCUAAUUCACUCUGUGACUGAAUACAUGAUAAACAUUUGGCUUUCUUUUUUUUUUUUUUACUUGAGAUAUGAUUUUGCGUUUCUGUUGCUGUUUACAUUAUUAAAACAUUUCUUAUUGCUUGCCUUUUUUUUGUUUUUGUUUUUGGAGGCACACAGAGAACAUAAUCCAUAUUAUUCCACUGGGGGUGACAAAUGACUUUUAGUGGUUUUGAAAGUUGCAUGAAGAAAGUUAAAUGUGUCCUGAACUGUGACAUCGUUCAAAGUUUUUGUGUAUUAGACAAUCAGGUUCUUUGUCUCAAGACGCCUUUUUUUUUCUUAUGAAGAAAGAACUAAAACCCACAUGAAAUGUACACAUCUCGCAUUCAGACGACAAAUGGGAGAGUUCUGCGUAACAGAA